CCCACCCACCACCAAAGAAAACUUUUGAUUUCUUUAACAAGAAUCCUCCAAUUGCUCAGUGUUUAAGCUUGCAAGUGAGAGGCAUGGAGAUGGAGGAUAACCAUAUCACACACUAUCAGCAGUUGGAGGUCUUUGAUAUUCUCAAAGAAGCUCUAAAAAUCACUGGCAAAAACAUCAGCUUCUUAAUCAUCACCUUGUUUGCAUCUCUUCCUCUGUUCUUCUUCUCAGUUUACUAUGAAAUUUUGCUCCAAACAACUCUGGUUGAAGCCAUAAAGAUUCUAACACCACCUCCAGGCUACUACAACUACAAUUGGCCAAUCCCAGCAUACAUAACCAAACAACUGCACAAUAGCUUUUCCUAUAAAUUGAUUCAGCUACUUCUCCUUUCUAUUGUCCCCCUUCAUCUCCUUAAGGUGAGCACUGUGUUUCUGAUUCUUGAUUUGGCAUCAAAGAUAUAUACAGAAAAAAGAUCAAUGACCCUCAAAGAGAUGGUGAACAGACCAAUUCGAAAAGGAAAGUUGAGAAGUGCUUUCAUUACAUCAACGUAUGUUUUCUGCUUGGCAACUUGCACUGAACUUGGAUUGACAUGGUUAGUAACAAACUACUAUGUCAUAUGGAGGAACACUGUUUAUGGUGCAUUUUUUGCAGUAAUUUAUGGGUUGGCUUUCGUACUGCUACUAACAAAAUACUUAGAAUGGAGUGCUUUAUGGAAUGUCAGUAUUGUGAUAUCAAUUUUGGAGGACAAAGUACAAGGGGCUGAAGCAUUUGCUCUAUCAGCACUUCUAAUCAGGGGCAAUAAGCAACAGGGUCGUCUCUUGAUGCUUCUUGUCUUUGCUUGGGGGCUAGUUGUAAGGUUGCCAUGCCUGUGUGUUGGAUGCGAUCAAGGCGGGAAUGGAAUUUUAGUUCAAAUGAGCUUGUAUUGCAUUGGGAAUGUGACAAACUGGUUGGCCUGCUUAGUUUAUUUCUAUGAUUGCAAAAGGCAGAAGCUGGAGAAGAAAGAUGAUCAAGAAACAGGAAAAUUAGGUGAGAAAUGAUGCUGCAAUGUUGUUCAUUACCAGGUUACUUUGUUUACUUCCAUAUCAUAUCUCCACAAGUAUGCAGUGAUUAGUGAAUUAUCAAUAACUACUAAACCAA